AAUAAAAAGAAACUGUAAGCUAAAAUUCAUCUGACUCUUAUCACUAGGUCUUUCUUAAAAGGGUUAGAAAAGGAAAAAGCAGUGCAGCUGUCCCACCAUGCCUCGAUCUUUCUUAGUGAAGAAAGUCAAACUGGACGAUUUCUCAGCUGCUGAGCUGGAGAGUUCCUACAGCCGAAGAGAAGAGCUCAGUCUGCGCUUCCAUCAUCAUGACAAAGACUACGUCAGUGGUUAUCUGAGUCCAAAUCCUUAUGAUGACGUUGUGGGAAGUGACUCAUCGGUCAUCUCUAAAGUGCCCUCCCCCAGCCACUCCUCCAUUAUCUAUGGUCACAUUAACAACACCUAUUCUGGUAUCCAUGGUGAUAUCCAUAGUGAUAUCCAUGGUGAUUCAGACCAGCCGGACAGCCCGAGGUCCGAGGUCUCAUCAUCAGCAGGUGGAUACAUUAAUGGGGAUACAGCCGUGAGUGAAGGAUACUCAGUAGAUGCGUUCUUCAUCAUGGACGGACGUUCCAGAAGAAAAGCAACGGGAACUCCAAGGGGAGGAGCGACUCAGAGGCACACCUGCAGCGAGUGCGGCAAGACCUAUGCCACGUCCUCUAACCUGAGUCGACACAAGCAGACGCACAGGAGCAUAGACAGCAAGAUGGCCAAGAAGUGCCCCACGUGCGGCAAGGUCUACGUCUCCAUGCCCGCCAUGGCCAUGCACCUGCUCACCCACGACCUCAAGCACAAGUGUGACGUGUGCGGCAAGGCGUUCAGCCGGCCGUGGCUGCUGCAGGGCCACAUGCGCUCGCACACGGGCGAGAAGCCGUUCGGCUGCGCGCACUGUGGGAAAGCGUUUGCCGACCGGUCAAACCUGCGCGCUCACAUGCAGACGCACUCAGCCUUUAAGCAUUACAAGUGCAAACGGUGCAACAAGACCUUUGCGCUCAAGAGUUACCUGAACAAGCACUACGAGUCUGCAUGCUUUAAGGGGGCGUUCUCCCCAUUAAGCUCACUCAGUGAAUGA